AGCCGCUCUUCGUGACGCAGCCAACUUAUCCGGCUUGCAUUACAAAGGGUAUGAAUCAAUUUAGGUGAAAACUCAAACAGUCAUCUUCACGUGAAGGCCUUUUGUGCAUUGGCAUGAUUGAAAGACGAGGCGCUCUUAUACUGUGCAGGGAUGAAUUUGAAUACGAAUUUAUUGAGAGGAUCGCUAAACAGGUGUUGGCGAUCAUUAAAGAGGACAGCGUACCUGUUGUUGCUGAUUAUCCAGUCAGAGCAGAGUCUCAUGUGAAAGCGUUGUCAUCGUUUUCUUUCCCAAGGCAAUACCAAUACCAUGUGUUUCUCAGCUUCAGAGGCUGUGAUACUCGCUAUUGUUUCACUGGCAGUCUCUUCAAAGCUCUCCGCGACAACAAAAUCCACACCUUCAUGGAUGAUGUAGGCCUUCACAGAGGGAAUGAUAUAUCAAGAACACUUAUUCAGGCAAUUCAAGGCUCCAGGAUUGCCAUCAUUGUGUUCUCUGAGAACUAUGCUGAUUCUACUUACUGCUUAGAUGAACUUGUCAAGAUCUUAGAGUGCCAAGAGUCUGAUGGCCAGUUCAUUUUGCCCGUUUUCUAUGAUGUAUAUCAUAGUGACGUCCGACGACAGACAGGUAGUUUUGGGGCAGCAAUAGCUAAACAUGAGGAGAAGUUCAAGGACGACCUGUCGAAAGUCGAAAAAUGGAAGCGGGCUUUGCAUCGAGCAGCUAAUUUUACUGGCUUUGUUUUCGAUGGGAAAAAAUAUGAACACGAGUUAAUUGGGAAGAUUGUUGAAGUGGUGUCAAGGGAGAUUAAACGAGUUGCUUUACACGUUGCUGACUAUCCAAUUGGACUAGAGUCUCAAGUUUCAGAAGUAAAAUCGCUUAUAUUCUCUGAUGGCUAUGAUGGAGUCCACAUGGUAGGGAUUCAUGGAAAUGGUGGAUCAGGCAAAACAACAAUAGCUCAUGCAAUUUAUAAUUUGAUUGCUAACGGUUUUGAAAGUAUAUGUUUUCUUGAAAAUGUGAGAGAAAAUUCAUAUAAGCAUGGCUUAGUGUAUCUUCAAAAUAUGCUUCUUUCUAAUGUAUUCGAAAGGAAGAAUCUCAAAUCAACAAGUUUUGAUCAAGGAAUUUCAACAAUAAAGCACUGGCUCCAACAAAAGAGGAUCCUUUUGAUUCUAGAUGAUGUUGACAAACCAGAGCAAUUACAAGCUCUUGCUGGAAAACCUGAUUGGUUUGGCCGUGGAACUAGAGUCAUUGUUACGACAAGGGACAAAUAUUUACUAGAGAGCCAUGGGAUUGAAAGAAUCUAUGAGAUGGAGAACUCAAAUUCGGAAUCAAAUAUCUCUACUGCAUCAGAUGGAAAAGACAACGGAGAUCAACUGGGUGAAAAAAAUCAUUUUCCAAGAACAAGUCAAUGAUCCCUUAAAGCCUCUAGGUUCUGAAGAUAUUAGUCUUUGAAGGAGCAAACAAGCUUCUGUUAUUCAAGCUGAAUCAAAUACAGAAGUCAUAGGUUUCAAUGAAAAUCCAGCCUUUGUCAUACUAGUUUUCCAGAAAGAAUAGAUAGUGGUAAACAAGAAGUCCCAAGAGCCUAAUAGAUAAAAAGAAGUGUUUGACAGUUGAAAGGGAUGAUUUGAAGAACCGAAUGCUAAGCUAAUAUUGAAGCAUAGUGGUAAUGACUUGGAGAACAAUUCUUUGGAGAGUCUUAGCAUUUUUCAGGUUCAUUUUCACCAAAAUAGGGUGGUUACCAAAGAGUUUUACCAGUACUGUAAUGUAAUUAUACUGUAGUGUAUUUAACUAUUUAUAGAAGCAUAUCAUGUACUAUACAAGUUUUUUAGUGACACUGGUGUAUUUUUCA